UUCUUCUCAUUCAUGUACUCUUAAAACCCUUCUUGAUUCCGCAUAACCAACGUCAUUUCUCUCUAGUUUUACAUUCUCAAGUUCUCAACCAGAAAAUAUUCAACCUUUUCCAGUCUUAGCACUCGUUCCAUUCUACUAAAAAUUUAGUCUUUUUUCAAAAUGUGUGGCGGUGCUAUCAUCGCUGAAUUCAUCCAUGGAAACCGAGGCCGUCGAGUUUCCUCUUCUGAUAUAUGGCCCAACUCGUCUUUUGUUAAGUUGAACAACAACACCAACAACUUCUUCGACUCUGGUUUUGGCCAGUGCGUUCAUGAUGAGCCUGCUCCCGUUAAGAGAUCCACACCCUCUUCAGAUGGUGUGCAAGCUGAAAAGCCCCCAAAGAGGCCAAGGAAGAAUCUUUACAGGGGAAUAAGACAGCGUCCCUGGGGAAAAUGGGCGGCGGAGAUCCGCGAUCCGCGAAAAGGGGUUCGAGUUUGGCUGGGUACCUUCAACACUGCUGAAGAAGCAGCCAGAGCCUAUGACAGAGAAGCUCGGAAAAUCCGUGGCAAGAAAGCUAAGGUCAAUUUCCCCAAUGAGGAAGACAGCUUCUCCAGGAUCCAACCAUCUCGCCCUAAUCAAACUCAAACCCAUCUCGUGAAACCGAACCACAAUACUCCCCUGUAUCAACAACCUCGUGAUACUCUGCCUCAAAGUUUCGAAAUUGAGUUUGGUUACGAUCUCAUUAACCAGAUUGGUGCUUUUCCCUCUAAUGGGUUGAACAAUGCUGGCGCCGACCGAGCAGUUACUUCUGGGGAUGAACAUUCUGGGUCUGGUUCAGAAGGUGCUUACUCUUCAACCGGAUUAAUACUGGGUUACAAUCAGAACGCCGCCGGCGAAAAUGGUGGCUUGAUCCAAACCAGAGUGAAGAAAGAGGAAGAGCCGAUAAAAGAAGCGAAAGUGAGCAAGGAAGUAAUCUCAAUCGAGGACGAAGAAGAUAACGAGGUACAGAAGCUGUCUGAGGAGCUAAUGGCGUUCGAGAAUUACAUGAAAUUUUAUCAGAUUCCCUAUCUGGAUGGGCAGUCGGCGGCUUCGAGCAAUGUUCAGGAGAGCGAUGUUGGUCAGCUCUGGAGCUUCGAUGACGACGAUGACGUCCCUUCUUCAGAAAGCUCACCGUCCCUGUAACGGCGUCGUUUUAUCUCCAUAUAUUUAUUUAUUUAUUUGUCUUUGUUUUUUCUUAAAAGGGUAGUUUUGUAAAUUUGAAUAGAAUUGAUGAUUUUGAUCAUUGGUUCCAAGUAUUCGAACUAAUUAAGGUGCUUUAAUUAAUAGAUUACCAAAAUAAAUGUGUGCAGUUGUCAAAAAUCAAAAUAUAGCUGCCUUGUUUGUAGGCUUACCCUUCCUUUUAAUGAAAUUGUGUUCAAAUAUUAUAAAGUU